AUGAUAUCUAUCCAAUGUUUCCUGAUCACUGAAUACUGUGUGUGUGUGUGUGUCUCUAUCUACGUCCCUGUCGAUCUAUCUAUCUACGUCCCUGUCUACGUCCCUGUCUAUCUAUCUAUCUAUCUAUCUAUGCAUCUAUCUAUCUAUGCAUCUAUCUAUCUAUGCAUCUAUCUAUCUAUGCAUCUAUCUAUCUAUGCAUCUAUCUAUCUAUGCAUCUAUCUAUCUAUGCAUCUAUGCAUCUAUCUAUCUAUGCAUCUAUCUAUGCAUCUAUCUAUCUAUGCAUCUAUCUAUGCAUCUAUCUAUCUAUGCAUCUAUCUAUCUAUCUAUGCAUCUAUCUAUCUAUCUAUGCAUCUAUCUAUCUAUGCAUCUAUGCAUCUAUCUAUCUAUAUAUAUAUAUCUAUCUAUCUGUGUCUAUACAUGCUAUAUAUAUAUAUAUGUCUAUCUAUCUGUGUCUAUUCGUCAAUCUGUGUCUAUCUAUGUAUCUAUCAAUCUAUGCAUCUAUGUGUCUAUUUAUCUAUCUAUGUCUAUCUAUCAAUCUAUGUAUCUAUCAAUAUAUGCAUCUAUCUAUCUAUGCUGUGUGUCUAUUCUUAA